UCUUCCCCCAGGGGAUUCUCUCCUGUCAUCAUUCUCGAGGGGAUUUUAGAGCGUUCGUGUAGAAUUUCUGCCCCGCGCAAAGUUUUCCAGCUUCGUGCGUGAUGGUUGAGCAGGAUCAUCGCCAUCUCCAGUCCCAGCGAUUCCAAGACGAGGGCUCAUUUCGCGUCUCGCGAUCUCGCUUCGUCGCGCCGCAGGAGAUGAAACCGCAGUACCGGAUGGCCGCGCAGCCUGAUCCUCCUCACUACAGCAACUUUCAAUUCCAGCAGUUCCACCAGAGCUGUUCACCGCCAGGCAGGCCGAGCCUGGAUCAGAGAAUCCCCCUCGAUGACAGUGAAGCGCCCGAUCAGCACUUCCCCGGGCUGCUCCAGGACGACGAAUCCAUAUGGAAUGAGAUCGUGGGAGCCCCAGGACACACCGAUCAGUCGAGCUAUCACCAGACGGCCGCGUAUCAAUCCAGGAACUUCGAUUUCCAUGGCAUGGUGCCGGCCGCGCAGAGCUCGCGAAUCUCGCAAAUCUCGCAGCAGCAGCAGCAGCCGUGCUCGAUCAUCUCGCCGGUUCCAAAGCCGCGAAUGCGAUGGACACCGGAGCUACACGAGCGAUUCGUACGAGCAGUGGAAGAGCUGGGUGGUGCCGAAAAUGCCACACCAAAGUGUAUUCUAAGGGUCAUGAAUACGUACUCGAGCGUGGACGGGGUCAACAUUCUUCACGUAAAGAGUCAUCUCCAGAAGUACAGGCUAGUCAAAGAUCUUCCACCCAGCCCCGUUGCAAAACAGCAGCAAUCUAAGCAAUGUUCGCUGGAGCUCCCAUCAUUGAACGUAGAAACUGGGCUGCAGAUCACCGAGACACUGCGCUUGCAACUCGAAGUCCAAAAGCAACUCCAUGAACAGCUCGAGAUUCAAAGAGAUUUGCAGAAGAAGAUCGAGGACCACGGAAGAUAUCUCGAGAGAAUGUACAAUAAGACGGAGGAGGCGACACGAUCGUGUCACAAGAAUUCGGACGAGCCCUCGCCCGGUCCUCAAGAACAAGAACAGCGCAAACACCGUCAAACUUGCGACGAUCAGAUCCACCAAGCCUCGGGUACCACGACGAGCACAGCCGAUUCGUUCCAGCCGCCACUCAAGAAAUUAAAACCAUCGCAAGAACAGGAGGAGCUCCAACCCGUGGGAGACGAGGAUGUCGAUUUUUCCGAACUCUGGAAGUUCACAUGAAGGAAAAAUAUUUUGUCAGGAAUGGGAUUCGAACCCAUGCCCUUGCGGACUAGUACCUGAAACUAGCGCCUUAGACCAACUCGGCCAUCCUGACUUUACGUGUAAAUACCACCAUGGUGUAAGUAUUUGACUGGAAAUACUUUUACUUUUUAAAGCAUGUGUUAUGGUUUAAAGUA